AUGUACGGCAGUGCCAGAGCUGUAGGUCAUGUAGAGAGCAGCCCUGUACGAUCCCCGCGCCUUCCAAGGUCCCCCAGACUGGGCCACCGAAGGGCACACAGUGGGAGUGGGGGUGGUGCGGGGAGCAAGACGCUGUCCAUGGAGAACAUCCAGUCCCUCAACGCUGCCUAUGCUACUUCAGGGCCCAUGUACCUGAGUGACCACGAGGCAGUGGGCUCCACUGCCACCUACCCAAAAGGCACUAUGACUCUGGGUCGCGCCACCAGCCGGGCCAUGUACGGGGGGCGUGUCACUGCCAUGGGCAGCAGUCCCAAUAUCGCUUCAGUGGGCCUGCCUCAUGCCGACCUUCUGUCUUACAGCGACCUGGGCUCCCUCUCCAUGCUGCACCACCACCAUCACCACCAGGGGGUGCCCUCCGCCCUGCUGAGGCAGGCUGUGAGGGGCAGCGGCGGGGAGCUGCUGGAGAUGCAGGCCCAGUUCAGGGAAAUGCAGAGGGAGAACGAGAUGCUGCGGCGAGAGCUCGACCUGAAGGAGAGCAAGUUAGGAUCGUCCACUAACAGCAUUAAGAGCUUCUGGAGUCCCGAGCUGAAGAAGGAAAGGAUUAUGAGGAAGGAGGAGGCGGCUCGCACGUCCAUCCUUAAAGAACAGAUGAGAGUCACUCAUGAGGAGAAUCAGCUGCUGGACACCAGGAGAACCAAGCAUCUCCAGAUGACUAUCCAGGCCCUGCAGGAUGAGCUGCGCACACAACGAGACCUCAACCACCUGCUGCAGCAGGAGAGCGGUAACCGCUCCGGCUCGGAGCAUUUCGCCACCAUCGAGCUGACAGAAGAGAACUUCCGCCGGCUGCAGGCUGAACACGACAGGCAGGCCAAGGAGCUUUUCUUGCUCAGAAAAACCCUGGAGGAGAUGGAGCUGAGGAUCGAGACCCAGAAGCAAACACUUGGCGCACGAGACGAGUCCAUCAAGAAACUGCUGGAGAUGCUGCAGAGCAAGGGGCUUCCUCCAGGGCCGGGCAGGGCUUCGGAGGAGGAGGAGCAGGAAAGAGCCAGGAGGAUUGCUGAAGCAGAGGCCCAGCUCGGACACCUGGAAGUUAUUCUGGAUCAGAAGGAGAAAGAAAACAUCCAUCUGCGAGAGGAGCUGCACAGAAGAAACCAUCUCCAUCAGGACCCAAGUAAAACCAAGGCCCUGCAGACCAUCAUAGAGAUGAAAGACACCAAAAUUGCCUCCUUGGAGCGCAACAUUCGAGAUCUGGAGGAUGAGAUCCAAAUGCUGAAGGCAAACAGUUUACUGAACACGGAGGACCGAGAGGAGGAGAUCAAACAGAUGGAGGUCUACAAGAACCACUCAAAGUUUAUGAAGACCAAGAUUGACCAACUGAAGCAGGAGUUGUCAAAGAAAGAGUCGGAGCUGCUGGCUCUGCAAACAAAACUAGAGACCCUCAACAACCAGAACUCAGACUGCAAACAGCAUAUCGAGGUGCUCAAAGAAUCGCUCACUGCCAAGGAGCAACGUGCUGCCAUCCUGCAAACAGAGGUCGAUGCCUUACGUCUGCGUCUGGAAGAGAAGGAGUCAUUCCUGAACAAGAAAACCAAACAGCUGCAGGACCUGACAGAGGAGAAAGGAACCCUCGCCGGAGAAAUCAGGGACAUGAAGGACAUGCUGGAGGUCAAGGAAAGGAAGAUUAAUGUCCUGCAGAAAAAGAUUGAGAACCUGCAGGAGCAGCUGAGAGACAAAGACAAGCAGCUGGGGAACCUGAAGGACAGGAUAAAGUCUCUGCAGACCGACUCCAGCAACACAGACACUGCCCUGGCCACCCUGGAGGAGGCACUGUCAGAAAAGGAGAGAAUUAUAGAGCGAUUAAAGGACCAAAGGGAGAGGGAGGACAGAGAACGUCUGGAAGAGGUGGACCUUUACAAGAAGGAGAACAAGGAGCUAAAGGAGAAGGUCAACAGCCUGCAGAUAGAAUUAACAGAGAAAGAGUCCAGCCUCAUAGAUCUCAAAGAGCAUGCAUCGUCUCUGGCGUCCUCCGGCCUGAAGAAGGACUCGAAGCUCAAAUCAUUGGAGAUUGCCAUUGAGCAGAAGAAAGAGGAGUGUAGUAAGUUGGAGACGCAGUUGCAGAAGCAAGCUGAGCAGCUAUUCAGUCACAUGAACAAUCCUAAAGCUCACGAGGUGGAGCAGCAGUCGGGCUCCAGAGCGAACCCAGAGUACGUGGACCGAGUGAAGCUGCUGGAGAAAGAAGUGGGCUACUACAAGGACGAAGUUUCCAAAGCUCAGACGGAGGUGGAGAGACUCCUGGACAUCCUGCGCGAGGUGGAGACGGAGAAGAACGACAAGGACAAGAAAAUUGCCGAGCUGGAAAGGCAAGGAGGUAAAGAUCAGACUAAGAAGGGUCCAAAUAUCAAACUCGGACUGCAAGGGGACAAGAAGGGUUUAGGACAGGACCUCCGUAAGGAGAGCUCUUUAGACAGCGGCCAUCAUGUAAAGCUGGAGGAGCUGAUGAACACGCUGGAAAGGACGAGGCAGGAGCUGGAUGCCACCAAGCAGCGUCUCUCCUCCACACAGCAGUCUCUACAGGAGAGGGACUCCCACCUGACCAACAUGAGACAAGAGCGCAGGAAACAGCUGGAGGAGAUCCUGGAAAUGAAACAACAAGCUCUGCUGGCAGCCAUCAGUGAGAAGGAUGCCAACAUUGCACUGCUUGAACUGUCUGCCUCCAAUAAAAAGAAAACCCAGGAGGAGGUUCUGGCUCUGAAGAGGGAGCGGGACAAACUGAUGCACCAGCUCAAACAACAUACUCAAAGUAGAAUGAAGCUGAUCGCCGACAACUAUGAGGAUGAGCCAUACCACCCCCACGCUCCUCACCACCAGACGCAGGCCUCCCACGCUCAGCCUCAGCCUCAGCCCCAGUACCCCCACCCAGCCCAUGCCCAGCAGUCUCUGUAUCCACACGCCCCACAUCCACAGCACUUGCAGCACCCACAGGCCCAACCUCAGCACCCCCAUCCACAGCAGCCACAGCCACAGUACCCACAGCACCCUCAGCCACUUCCCCAGCACCAACAACACCCCCGCCCCCCACAGCCUCAGCACCCCCACCAACAGCACCCCCAGCACGUGCCACCUCAUGGACAUCCCCCACAACAGCACCCUCACCCUCAGCACCCACAUGGCCCUCCCCAACCAGGACCACACCCCCAACAUCCUCAUCCUCAGCACCCUCAGCACCCUCAACACCCUCAGCACCCUCAGCACCCGCACCUCGCGCAGCAUCCACGCCAUCCUUCGCCCCACCAUCGAGGAGGGCCGGUUCGAGGACCCCCACAUGCCGGCCACCGCCCCUCCCCAGACCAGGAUGACGAGGAGGGCAUUUGGGCAUAGCUUUGACAACCAAAGUUGUUUGGAGGGAUGAUGCGAUCACUUCUGGAGGAGCACAGCCAUCCCAUGAUGUUAAAACAUCCCCCAGUUAAAUCUUUUUUUUUUUUUUACCUUCAGUGAAUCAGUACAUGGAAACAGUGGGAGCUUUUUGUUUUAUUUUCUUUUUGAUGAAAA